AUGGACGCAAAUGAUUUGUUUGGUGGUCUUAGUGAAAGCAGUAGCGAUAGCGAAGAUGAAGAAAAAAAGAAUGAAACUGUUAUAAGCGAUGACAGCAGUACGAGAGAAGUAUCAAUCACUGAACGUAACAGAGUAGUUUUCUCAAUUUCGGGAGAUGAAGAUUCAUUGGAUAUGCCGGACAUUGAUCAUCUCCGAAUGAUACAAACGAAUGCGGAGAAGAAUAUGAAAAGAAAAAUUCCAAGCCCAACGCCGGAACCAAGCGAUAUUAAACGAAGCAAACCGGCUCCAAGUGCUUCAACGAAUUUUCACGAGGCACUCAGUUUAUUAAACGAUUUGGAUUCGGGAAUUGACAGUGUUGAUGGAGCAGCUCCAACAACCGAGAAGAUAAUUGUUCCAGUGAAAGAAGAAAUUGACAAUGAGUACUUACCAACCGCUUCGCCUUUAGUGGAAAAAUCAAAUGAAAAUGACAACGCCGUUUUCAAAAAGCCUUUCCUUGCUGAGCCUAAACCGUCGACAUCCGAAGCAACAACAUCAGAAGAACCAAAAGACGAAGUGGAAGAAGCAAUUACGAGUAAAUUAGACGAGGAAAGUGAAUUGGCUCGGCUGAAAAUGCAGAUUUUAAUCUCUAAUUUCUCACAAGAACAGCUCAAUCGCUACGAGGCAUAUAGAAGAUCAAGUUUUCCGAAAUCCACAAUUCGGCGUUUAAUUCAUCAAUACACAGGAGGAUUGAAUAUUGGUCAAAAUGUUGUUAUCGCUGUUGCGGGUCUCGCUAAAGUGUUUGUUGGAGAAAUUAUUGAGACGGCGCUUGAUCUUAAAGAUGAAAUUCCUGCCGAAGCCAAUGAACCCUUGAAACCGCAUCACGUCCGUCAAGCGUACACAACCUUGGCUAACGAGGGCAAGCUGUACCCAAUGCGGGUUCCUUAUCCUGUUUCAUCGCAACCAGCACCUUCCGUGCCAACUCAAACUCCUUUAGCUUCACCACCACCACCAGCUCAAGAACCUAUUAAUAAGAAAAUGGCUUUGGCACCGCCCCCGAAUAAGCAUUUCAAGCAAAAACGCACAUUUAAAGUUAUUAUUGUUGGCGAUGCAGGAGUAGGGAAAACUUGUCUCUCAUUUCGAUUUUGUUGUGGACGGUUUCCAGAACACACGGAAGCCACUAUUGGCGUCGAUUUCCGCGAACGAAGCUGUGUUAUUGAGAAUGAAUUGUUAAGGGUCCAAUUGUGGGAUACUGCUGGUCAGGAGAGAUAUCGACAAUCGAUUGUCGCACAUUAUUACAGGAAUGUGAAUGCUGUAGUAUUUGUAUAUGAUGUAACAUGUCGAGAUUCAUUCAAUUCACUUUCACUCUGGAUCCGCGAGUGUGAGAAGCAUGGUCUAACAUCGGAUUCCGAAGCACCGCGUAUUUUGAUUGGAAAUAAAUGCGACGUGGAGUGUUCUAAUCGCGUUAGCACCGAUGAAGCUCAAAUAUUCGCGGAUCGCAAUAAUAUGGCGCUUUUUGAAACAUCAGCAAAAGCAGCUUCGGAAGCGGACCACGUCGAAUCAAUAUUCUUAACUUUGCUUCACAAAUUGCAGCAAAGCAAACCGAUGCAUGUUCAAUCUCAGGAUGAGAGGCAAUUGAAGGAACAAGAGCGACUUAUACUGAAAGCAAGUGAAGCCGCGAAACUGGAAGAAGAAGGAUACUGUUGCUAA